AAACGUGUUUGUUAGGUAUGUGAUGUGUCAUAUAUACCAGCUGUUAAUAAGUUUCCUGUGAUGCAGUCAUUACAAAAAUACAAAAUGUGUCAAAAGCAUAUGUUGAGUUGAUAAAUAAGAUGAUUGGAGAUGAAGAUCACAGUUUAGAUUACAUUGAAGAUCCGUAUUUCAAUCCCCAAGAUAGUACUUUGACGCCAAGCUUAGACGAAUUAGACAAUCCUGAUUUGUAUGAUUACGACUUGUUAGAAAAAGAGCUGGAACUCUUUGAUCUCAGACAGUUAGAUUUUGACGAAAUUAACUGUAAUAGUUUACAAAAUGAUGAGUCUGUAAAUGUUGAGGCUGAAUUUUUUAAUGUUAAAAGAGCCAAUGCAAUAAUUAGAACAUUCUUUAGGAAUAAAUUAAAAAGGCAGGUUCGCGUAACUUACUGUGAUCUCACAAAGCCGUACUUAGCCAAACUACCUAAAGAUAAUAAUUUUAGAAAAUAUUUAGGUAUAACCAUGAAUGAAGAAGCAAUGGCAGCUUCCGACCAUGUCGCUCCUGACCUGUCACAUUUAUCCACUGAGGAAAAACUCGAGCAGGAAAAGCUGUGGAAGGAAGAACUAGCUCAAAUUGAAGACGAAAUUGCCACUCUCCGAACUGUACUAGCAGCCAAGAUGAGAAGAAGCGCCGAACUCAAGCGCAACUUGGGCAUUACAGUUUGGAAAGAAGUGUCUGAUGAUAUCAAUCAAGGAAUUAAGAAUGUUAAAGAGAGUAAUGUAUAUCAAACUGUGGAAACUAAGGUUGGACAAGUUACUAAGGCCGUUACUGAUGCUCCAAUAUAUCAGAAAACAACCUCAAUUAUUGGAGGAAUUACGGGUAAUAUUACAACUAAAAUUGGCCAAAUGAGACAUUCAGAAUCAUUCCGUUCUAUCGAAGAAAAAGUUGGAACAGCUUAUGAAAAUGUUAAGGGCAAUAUUGUGCGUUUAUAUCAGACAAAGGUCGUCUCUCGUUCCAACUCCCAGCAAAGCCUGGAUGAAGCCGGACGGUCCCGCUCAGGUUCUGUAGUGACUAGCCCUACAAUUCCUGAGGAGAAGCCAGUGGCGUAAAGCUUAAGUAUCUAUAAGUCCAGCCAAUAAUGCCUUGUUAGCUUAUCUAUAAACUGCUCGAUUCUAAUUUUUAGUUAGUUUCGUGUCUAGUUUUAAAUUAAGGGUAUAUCCUUAUAACUCACAUAACUUAAGAAUCCAUGUUUUAAACUAAGAUCAGUACAUGUUUAAGAUAUCUUCAUCAAAAAAUAUAAUAAGACUUAAGUAGAUGGAAGAAUAGUUUUUGUACAGGUUUACUAUUUCCUACAAAAAAAAAUGUUCAAGUGAAAGCUAUUUUUCAUAUCUUUCGAACGGCUUUAAGGAUCCUAUUAGUUUAUUUUAUUAUUAUAUUUUACUGAUACACUAUGAAAUAAAUAUAAUUUGUGCAAAAUGUA